GAAGAAGGCAAUGAAAACGAGACCUUUGUUUCACUUCAAUGGUAUAAAUUGGUUGAUAACGAUUGGAAACUAAUCAAGAUUAGUAAAGGCACUAAUGAACCCAACCCUCCUAAUCCUGGAGAGGGACAGACGGGAGGACCGACGGAUACGGCGAGUGAGGCCACGAAUGCACCGAACAAUGAGGCGACAAAUCCGCCCGAAAAUGAGGCCAACACUGAGGCCGCAAAACAGGAAACCAAUAAUAAUGAAAAUCCCAACAAUUCAGCCGAAAAUAACAACAAUAACCAAACUCUGUCGGCACCGGCGGCUGGAAACGACACCCUAUUAUAUAAAUGGGAAGAUUUGGCCGAAGAUGACGGCACCACCGCUAUUACAAUAACGCCGACCUCACUAUUAAGCGACGGGUCUUACAAAUGCAGUGUUAAGAGUAUGUCUGGAGGAAAGGAAAAGACCACAGAACUGGUCAAACAGAUGAGAGUUAUAUUCAGACCACCGGACGGUACGCCUCCCGAAGCGAAGCUCAUAAACAAAGACGACUCUCACAUAAGGAUCAGGUGUACGGCUCCGGCAUCUCUUCCGAUGACUGCCAUCACAUUCUUUGUGAACGCAGAGCCGGUGGCGCGCGAAGACGUCCACCGAAUGGACUCAAUUCGUGUUCCGAACGCCACUUAUGCCGAGAAACAAGAAUUGCAGUCAACUGUCGAAGAAUUGAGAAUCAGAGCCACGAAGAGUACGGUUCUCAACGAGAGAUUGCAGGUCUAUUGCGGGGCAACUCUGGCCAACUUCUACAACGGAUCCACUCUCUUAGAUAUUGCAUACGACGGACCCCUUCAUAGCGACACAUCAGUCACAGUAGCGAUGAUUGUAUUGAUAAUUGUGAUCGUUUUGGUGGUAAUCAUAAUCAUUGGUGCAAUCGUUUGGGUUAUACUACGGAAGAAGAAGAUUCACGCCCUCAACAAAGUGUCUGAACUUUUCAAUAAACAAAAAACUAUAACUGUUUUGGUGGACAACCCUAAGGAUGAG